AUGGCUUGUCAUCCGGAGAUAUCUGUUGGGGGACGUCUAAUUUAUUUUCUGAAAAAAUGGGAACAAAUAACAGACGAUCAAUGGGUGCUUUCUGUUAUAAAAGAGGGUUACAAACUGGAAUUCUUAGAGAUUCCAAAGAACACAGGAAUAAAAUACACCUGUGUAUCUGCAAAAGAUCUAGAUAUUUUAGAUACAGAAGAAAACAGGGGACAUGAGACCAGUAAUAAAUUAAAAACCCAUCAACAAGUAUCUCCGAAAACAACAUUUCAAAAUGGAUUCCCUUUCUUCGGUUCUCAAUCUGGUGAAACAAGGAGAUUGGGGAAUCAGUCUGGACUUAAAGGACGCAUAUUUACAUGUCCCAAUUUACAAAGCACACAAGAAAUAUCUGAGGUUUUGUCUAAAAACGGAAGAGCUCUUCAGUUCAAGGCUCUACCUUUCGGUCCAACCUCAGCCCUAAGAGUUUUGACAAACAUUAUGGCAGUAGUAGCUGCCCAUUUAAGGUCAAGGGGCAUAAGACUGAUUGUCUAUCUAGACGACUGGUUCCUUCUGAAUCAGGAAAAAAGUCAAUUAAUAUUAGAUCGAGAAUUAGUACGUAAUCUCCUUGUCGAACUAGGAUUCAUAAUAAACUUAAAAAAGUCCACUUUGGAUCCAUCACAACAGAUAACAUCUUUAGGGGCAAUGUUUCUCUUAAAUCUGGGGAUCGUUUUGCCAACAGAGAAAAGAACGUCAAAAUUAAUAGCUUCAUCCCAGGCAAUGAUCCUUCAAAAUCAAGUAAUAGCCAGAGAUUUUCUUCACUUUCUAGGGAUAAUGUCAUCCUGUUUAGAAAUAAUUCCAAAUGCAAGAUUACACAUGAAACCUGUUCAAAUACAUCUGUUAAAAUUUUGGAAACCAGUUUCUCAGGAUCUGGAGUUCAAAGUCCCAAUUACUGCACAUCUAAGAAGCCAUCUAAAAUGGUGGUUAGAUCAAACCAACAUAAAAAAGGGGAGAUCAUUGAAACAUUAG